AGGCGGCAGCGGCUGAAACUCAAUAUCUGAAUCUGAAUCUAAUCCUGAAAUGAUUUACAUAACUUUUUAGGAAAUCUGCGAGCGAAAGCGUGAAGUAAUGUAAACAAUUCGAUGCACAGCGAAAAACCGGCAUCCGUGGUGUAAUUUUGCAUUUUCUGUUUAUGGAACUGUGAAGAACUUUCCAACAAGAUUGUCCACCCCGCAAACAAUUGAUUGUUUGCCUCCCCUUACAGAGAUGGACAAAAUCAGCUCACUACUGAUAAGAUAAGCCAACGCGGUCAGGCAAAACGGGCUUGCUAAAGUCUCUAUCAAUCAUUGAUCUGUGAAGGAGGAGAAAAGACCAUGUUCCAAUCGCUACAUCGGCGAUCAACAAAACUCGGCCUGCUGCGUCGACUAACGAACGGCACCACGAGGUGUUUCGCCUCAUCCUCCGGCGAUGGCGACGAAAGGAAAAGAGGAUCAUCUCCGGGAAGCACCAACGAUCUCUCGCAAAGCGUGGAAGCCAACAAAGAAAAUCCCAUUUCGCGAACGCUCAAACUGCUCGGCAAUGAUGCGAGGCGUGUAAAAAAGUUCAUCCUGCCUAACAGUGCUACCGGUGGCAAAGGAAGCGGAGAAGAGUCGAUCGAAAACUAUCUGGAACGUUACCGACGGGAUGAUUUCCAGUCGCACUGUGAUAUCCUUGUUAUCGGUGGCGGGGGAGUCGGCUCCUCGAUCGCGUACUGGCUGAAGAAACGUGCACGGGACGGGCUGAAUGUGGUAGUGGUAGAAAAGGAUGCGACUUACUCGCAAGCAUCCACCUGUCUGUCGGUGGGUGGGCUGCGACAACAGUUCUCGAUCGUGGAGAACAUUCAAAUGAGUCUGUACGGGGCAGAUUUUAUGCGCAACAGCAAGGACUAUCUUGGCGAGGAUGUCGACCUGAACUUCACACCGUUCGGGUACCUUCUGCUGGCGACUGAAGCCGGCGCGGAACAGCUACAGGAGAACUCGAAGCUACAGAAUGCACUCGGGGCGAAGAACGAGUUGCUAACCGCUAGCCGUCUGAAGCAACGUUUUCCCUGGAUGAACACCGAUGGUAUAGCGCUCGGUUGCCAUGGGCUAGAGAAGGAAGGAUGGUUCGAUCCGUGGGCUCUGCUUAGUGGCUUCAAAAAGCGAGCCAUCGAAUACGGUGCACAUUACGUAGAGGCCGAAAUGGUUGGUUUCGGUUUCCGGCAACAACCGGAUAUUCUGGCCGAAGGGAUCGACGAAGGCGCAUACGAAGGUCUCGAUCGUGCGUUCCUUAAGAUGAAGGAUGGUGAAAUUCGCGAGGUAAAGUUUGCCAUUGCGAUCAUCGCUGCCGGUGCUCAGUCGGGAGCUGUGGCGCGGAUGGCACGAAUUGGACACGGCAAGGGAAUGCUUUCGGUUCCUCUACCCGUCGAGCCACGGAAGCGGUACGUGUAUGUGUUUCAGUGUGAAAAUGAUAAGGGACCAGGCAUUAACACACCACUUACGAUCGACCCGACUGGAACGUACUUCCGGCGGGACGGGCUUGGCGGGAACUAUCUUGCCGGAAAGAGUCCGCUACCAGAAGACGAGCCUUCAGUCGACACGCUGGAUGUCGAUCAUGGGUACUUUGACAAGGCCGUGUGGCCAAAUCUGGCCAAGCUGGUACCCAGUUUCGAAGCCAUAAAAGUGAAAAACUCUUGGGCGGGAUACUAUGAGUUCAAUACCUUCGACGAGAACGGCAUUGUAGGACCGCAUCCGUACUACAACAACCUUUACAUUGCUACUGGAUUUAGUGGACACGGUAUCCAACAAACGCCAGCUGUUGGGAGAGCCGUGUCAGAGAUGAUCAUCGAUGGAGGCUUCCGGACGGUCGAUCUGACCCGGUUCGGUUUCGAUAGGAUCCUCAUUGAUCAACCGAUGUACGAAGCGAACAUUUUCUAGUCGAAUGCGAAAGGGCAAUAAAAAUAAUGUUUAAA